UCUGGCUUCAACAUUUUUAUGAGCAUCAUUUAUUUAACAGAAAAGAUCAUCUAUAACCCUUUUUGGUUUCAACAGCAGUGUCUGAUUAACAGUAGCAAAUUCUCUACUUAUCAUUUUUCCCGAACCUAAACCCCACUACCCUGAUGCUUAACUGGCUGAAAAUCUUUGGUGAUAAUCACUAGAAGAAUCACCAAAAAGGGGAGCCUCUCUGGAGCUACCUUGUGUGCUAACCUGGCGCAGGCACUAGGACCGCCCAGGAGCCGAUAGGCAGCCACGCUUUACAGCCUGUCAGAGGGACUGAGCCGCCUUUGCCGUUACACAGGAAGAGAGCAGGCAGCAUCAGUAUCGGCUCAGCAUCCUCCCCCUUCUGUUCGAUUAGAAGCUGAUGGAAGCAACAGUGCCAUAAAGAAAUGGGAUAGAUAUUUCCAGAGGCUGCAGUCUGGAGGCAUUUGGAGGUGCUGGAGUGCAGUGGUGCGAUCUUCCCUUACUGCAACGUCUGCCUCCCGGGUUCAAGCGGUUCUUCUGCCUCAGCCUCCCAAGUAGCUGGGACAACAGACCGACCAAGACCAUCACUAUGACCGAUGGAGACUAUGACUAUCUGAUCAAACUCCUGGCCCUCGGAGAUUCAGGGGUGGGGAAGACAACAUUUCUUUACAGAUACACAGACAAUAAAUUCAAUCCCAAAUUCAUCACUACAGUAGGAAUAGACUUUCGGGAAAAACGUGUGGUUUAUAAUACACAAGGACCAAAUGGAUCUUCAGGGAAAGCAUUUAAAGUGCAUCUUCAGCUUUGGGACACUGCAGGACAAGAGCGGUUCCGGAGUCUCACCACUGCAUUUUUCAGAGACGCCAUGGGCUUCUUAUUAAUGUUUGACCUCACCAGUCAACAGAGCUUCUUAAAUGUCAGAAACUGGAUGAGCCAACUGCAAGCAAAUGCUUAUUGUGAAAACCCAGAUAUAGUGUUAAUUGGCAACAAAGCAGAUCUACCAGACCAGAGGGAAGUCAAUGAACGGCAAGCUCGGGAACUGGCUGACAAAUACAGCAUACCAUAUUUUGAAACAAGUGCAGCAACUGGACAGAAUGUGGAGAAAGCUGUAGAAACCCUUUUGGACUUAAUCAUGAAGCGAAUGGACCAGUGUGUGGAGAAGACACAAAUCCCCGAUGCUGUCAAUGGUGGAAGUUCUGGAAAGCUGGAUGGGGAAAAGCCACCAGAGAAGAAAUGUGCCUGCUAGACUCCACAUAGAAACUGAUUGUCAAGAACCCCACCCAAAUAUGACCUUUAAAAACAAUGACAAACCACGCAAUUGUUGUUGAGUAAACUAUACACAAUGUCAUGUCUUUCUUUUUUCUGCCAAAAAAUCUACUUUAAGAAACCAGAAUAGUCAACAGUGUUGAAAAGAAUUGACUAGUUAUCCCUGAGGCCCUUUCAGACAAGAUGAAAGAUUUCCCAAUGUGGUUUCAUUAUCAUGGAUAUUCAAUUUAUUUUUGUUAUAGAGAAAAUGAGUAUAUAAGACAAUAUAAAAGAACCAUCAGUGAGUUUUAAAUGAGAACAAGUUACCUAUCACAUUGAAGAAAAGGGUGGGCUACUAAAGGGAGAACACAGGAAGAAGAAUUUCAAAAGAUUGGAUUUACUUAUUGUAUUGAAUCAGAUGGAUAAUUUUAGUUUGCAUUGGGGAAAAUGUACUAGCUAAAAAUGGAUACACAAUGAAGAAUUCUAUUUGGCGCAUUAUGAAUGACAUUACUAUGUAUACCCAAAAAGCUGUACUAGAAUGACUAAAUUACUGAUAAGGUUACAAAUAGGUAAAUGUCACACUUCUGCUAAAAUGCAGGAGAUAGUGUCAUAAUGCCAUCUUUAUAUUCUUAAUAAAUAGCAUGUCGACAAGAACAGGACUGUAAAUGACAAAGUACAAGACAAAUACCCUGGGAAAAAAAUGAAAGUAUGAGAGGUUGGCAUUUGUACAGCUGAAAUUAAUUGUAUCUGUUAAAGAUGUCUGGAAGGGUUACUUAGCCAAAUUUCACUCACGCCAAUUAGGAGCUGACAUUAUCAGUUGGGAUUAAGAGAACUCCAGAGGUUUCCAUUUUAAACAAAAGUUUAGAAAUCAAUUUGGUGUUCAGCUUCACAUUUCAUGUUUUCUUAGCACAUGUUGAUAAAAUAGUCACAAGGAGAAAUUAACAGUUAUGGUUUAUUAAAUCUCUUUUAAAAUGCAGUCAAGGAAAACUAGCCCUGAAUUUUUUUAGAUGAAAUAUGCUGGUGAUAUGAAGCAAAAAGUGACAAUUAUUUCAGGUUUCCUUGUAGUUUAAAAAAGCACUAGAAACUCUAAAUCACAUUUCUUCCCUCCAAACCCCACCCAUUCCUGGCUUUCAACCAAUUGCAGAAAUGCAGGUGUGCUAUUUUUGUUGAUCAGUAACUUUGGAACAAUGAUGGAUCAAUUCUGUGGUCACUCUGCAUUUUCAUGUCAUUAAUCACAUAAAAAAUGAUAAUACCUCAUUCUGUAUCAUAAUAUGAUUUUAUUUUGCCAAAGGCAAAACACCUAUAGUUGAGCCGUAUUUGGGGGUUUGGGUGAGGAAGGACCUAUAUCUUAUCUCACCAAAAAAUUGGUCAGUAUUUUUUAAUGUAAAGCUGCCUUUUCUUUCUAAGAAAUAAUAACAAAGUUGUUUUUCAUCGGCCUAGUCUGUCCUUGUGCCUAAUCUAACAUUAUAUUAAUUUUUUAUCUUAGUUUCUGAUAAAUACAAGCCAUUUCUAUCAAAUAUUAUUUAUUUCAGUCAAUUUUACCAAUAACAGAGACAAUGUAUUUUCAUUUUUUUUAUUAUGAGCAUAUGAUUUUUUGACAGGCUGUUUCCUCAUCCUAUAAUUUUUUUCCAAUCAAACCUUUUUUUUCAUACUCUGUACAUAUUUUUUUGUUACACACAUUGAAGACUCUAAAACUCCCAAUCCGUCAUUUAAGUUCCCUCUACCAACUUCUAUCUGGUAUUGAAUCAGUUUCAGAAACACAGGUCCAAGGAAAUGUCUCUUUAUAAGGUUCUUAGGAUGGACUAGACACAUAAAUGUGCCAUGAAUCCAAAUAUGAAUAAUUUGGAAGCUUUUAUGCUAUUAACCCCCAAUGAAAUUCUCAGCAUUAACUGCCCAGCUCCUCUGAUUUCUGCAGCGUCAUGGCAGGUCCUAAGACGGAUCGUGGUUGGGUAUUCCCUCUCAUGGUGUUUCCUCUGAGAUGCUCUUCGUUAUCUCAAUGCCUGUGCCAUGAAGAUAGAAAACUAACAUUUAAGAUGUUUCUUCUGGAAGGAAAGUGAGCAGAAACAAGUGAUAUUGCCAUUGCUGUGGCAAAAUUUGCCGAACUUCUGUGGUCAUUAUUAUCAAUUACUUCUUUGGAUUUAAAAUGUAAUGUCCCCUGCAAUUCCUUAAUAGGGAAUGUGAAGCCUUUAUAAAACCCCGAAAGUAUUCUAUUUUGAUAUGUCUUUUUGUUUCUAUUCAUUUUCAGUUACAUGAUUGAUUUACUUACGCUAAGAUUCUGUCAUUGUCAGUUAUUUAAUGAGUGUUUUUUUCAGGGUCUGUUUUAAGAUCAUUAUUUGAUAGCUGUAGCGUGAAGCAGAGGCUGAUGAUGCCCAUACUUAUGGAAAUAUUUCUAUAAAAAUAACAAUUAGUGGAUAAUUUCAAGAGGAAUGAAAAGUGACAAACUGAUUUAAAAUAUUCUAUUUAUAAAUAAAUGUUUGAUCUAAAAAAUUUUCUCCAUAAAAUUUGACAUCUGACCCCAUAUUUUAUGUAACAAUUAUUAGAAAUUCAUUCUCAUUAUUUCAUGAUUGAUAGUAUUGUAUAAUUCAUUUUACAAUUUCAAAUUGAUCUGGUGCCAUAAAGUAUACAGACUACUUUAAAGAUUUCUGUAUGCCCUUUACCCCAUAAUAGCAUGUAUUUAUAGCCAACAUAUAUCCUGUUUUUAAGUAUCUCCCAAUGCUUUAGUAAAACAUAUUGUAUUUAGGAGAAAUGUUCAAAAUGUACAUGAAACUCCUUUCUGAUAUAGAAAUCAUUUCUGGAGUAUUUACACUGGUUUGAUGUUUACUUUGCCCUAACUCAGUGCCUCAGAUACAUCUGUGACCAAAUUUGUUCCCAACCACAUACAUAGCUCAUUUUCUAUAAUGUUAUAUCAUAGGAAGCCCUCACAGAGACACUACCACAGCUAAAGAUCUUCUGAUAUUUUCAGCAAGAAAUGCAAAGACUUUAUUCGAAUCUGGGGAGCAUAACCACCUUCUCUUGGUCUCCUUGCUUACUUCUUAUGGAGUUGGCACACCUGAGACUCUUCGCUGUGAUUAGGUACAAACUUACCUUUUAGGGUAGAAAAAGAAAGAUCCUUUGAAAAAAUGUAUCAGAAAUAGUCCAGAGAACAUAUUUGUCUUGGUCUGAUGAUGACAAGACGUCAAGGGUUGACAGAGAAACUACUAAAUCCCAAGAGUUGAGCCUGUGGGUCUCUCCGUAAGAGUUUUAAAACUCUUGGCCAGGCACGAUGGCUCAUGCCUGUAAUGCCAGCAUUUUGGGAGGCUAAGGUGGGUGGAUCACUUGAGUUCAGGAGUUCGACAUCAGCCUGGCCAACAUGGUGAAAUUCUGUAUCUACUAAAAAUACAAAAAUUAACCAGGUGUGGUAGUGGGCACCUGUAAUCCCAGCUACUUGGGAGACUGAGGCAGGAGAAUUACUUGAACCCAGGAGGCAGAGGUUGCAGUGAGCUGAGAUCUCACCACUGGACUCCAGCCUGGGUGACAGAGUGAGACUCUGUCUCAAAACAAACAAAACUCUUGCAAAUUACCACUUUAUCCAAUUUGCUGUCAUUUUCAUAUUAUCAGCUAUCACCGUGCAAAAUAUUCAAACCAGCAAUUUCUAAAGUAAAUAUUUUAUCUGUUAUUUUUAACCAAAUAGGUGUCUUUGUCAUGCUUCUAUUAUAAAUUGUUCUUUGCCAACCUGUACAGGCAAGAGUUUUAAUCAGCCCUUUCUUAUCCCCUUUGUAAGAAAGAGAAGCUUGACAUGACUACAUUAAAAAUAAUUUAAUAGUCACAAUAUGACAUUCUUUAAGCUGUAAAUUAAGUACACUGGGAAUCAACAAAUUUGAUGAAGCCCGUAUAUCUCUUCACCAGUGGAGUGAGUGCAGCAGUUAGAAAGAGAAGCAAUAUUGUCGGUGCAGUGGUUAGUUAAGCAUAGUAUAUAACCUUGUGUUCAUGAAACAGGUUGUUCUUUGUUCUGCAUCUCUCUUCACUUAAAAAAAGGCACAUUAUUCUUUCCUUCUUAUGUAUUACACCAAACAUUUGAGAGAAAAAUCCUCAUUCAUAAAGGAUUUGGGAUCUAUAACACUUAAUUAUAAAGAAAUAAUAUUCCAAGUCUUUGGCUUCCUAAGAUAUAUAACAACUGUUUAUAAAGAAGAUCUGAGAGCUGGUAUUUGCCAAAGUGAUAGAAUAGUUGUCUUUGCCGCUCUACUACCAAGCUUUAAGACAUUAAAAGCACUCUAGUGUAUUUGAAUAUUUUAGAGAAAGCUUUAUCAUUUUUUAAGAUGCCAAGAUGCUGCCUCUAUUUGCAAAAGUUGUCUGAGAAUUCACCAUAAACUAUAUUUUCUUCUUGAUCUUUGACCAAGGUGAUGUCAGCUUAUUUCUGGGAAAGGUGCUGAGUUCUUAUACAUGAAAAUGGAUAUAGACUAUUAUCUGAGAUGAGUGUCAUUUCAAUGCUUUAUAAAUCCACAAAGCUACUUGUCUCAUAAAGUAGAACUGAUACAAUUUGUGGUUGGAUAUAUAGAGAAUUUUACAAAUUUAUUGCCUUGAAUUUCUGGGUGGAGACCCAACUACAAUGAUAUUGUCAAGCAAGAACUAUUUUAAACACAAUUAGAGUUAAAAGAUAUUUAAAUUGUUCUCUCAAAUACAGCAGAACCUGGAGAAGGUCAUACGUUGAAGGUCGAUUUUGAGUCUGAAUAAAGAAAGACCUAGUAACAGAUAAUUUUUUUGUAACCAGAUUCAUAGAAAAUAUGUAUUUUCUUCUACCAAGUAGAGGUUUAUGCUCUUAGAACUAAAUUAGUAAAAAAUCUGAACAAAAAAAAUUUCUUCAUUAGCAUAAAAAUUUGGGACACUUGGAGACAUUUUGUUUUCUGCAUAUAAAUAUAAUUUGUCCAUAAAUUAUAUUUAUGAAAAUAUUAUAAAUUCAAAGCACUUUGAUUAAUUUUUCAGGGAGUACUAUCACAAAGAUGCUUUCCUGCAGUUCCUUGUAUCAACAAUCUAUGGUUGAGAUGUUUUCUCAUUUCCUAUAUAGAGAGAAUAUCACUAACAAACAAGCAAAAACAUUAGUACCAAAAUAGUAGAACUAUUUUGUCAUCUUCUGAGAAAAAAUAUAUACAAAGAAAUCAUCUUUUCAUUGAAUGGGUUCCCUCGUUCCUUUUCAGCAGGUUGUGGAAGUAAUGGCUUACAUCCCUCAGCUGACUUUAUCUACAGAAUUAUUAGCAAAUUCUGUAGGAGCAAGCAUGUCUGACCUUAACCUAAUAAAUUCCUUAUUUAAUCAGUGGCUUCUGUUUUUAUGUCUGUUGGCACAUCAAAAUGGUUUCUGUUCUCAGAAAAGUAGUAACAUAUAUUUAUCUUUAUUCUUUUCCCAGGUGAUUUAUUUUUCAAAUACUCUUUGAGAAAAGACCUAGUAUUUUAGAAAGGAAAGGGGCCAGAAAGAACAACUUGGAGACCAUGAAAUAUCUUAGUGAUUUAUCCUCACAUAAGGCUUAUAAACCCUGUAAGUGUUUCUAUGUGCCUCACAGGUUCAUGUCUGGCUCAAAGGAGAAAUGUGUAAGAAAGUGGUUUGUAAAUUAUGUUCCAUUUUGUAAAUAGACACUAUUUACAAACUAAAAUCUAAUUUUAAAAAACCGCAGUUGUAAUUUAAACUGCUUUUUGUGAAAAAAGGUAUCAGAGCAGGGAAAACACACUAAUUUUUGUACAGUAGAGGUAUUGGAAAUUACAAAUGGGCAGGCAACUUCAAGCCAUUGUAUUUGAUUGAAAAUGUUUAUUACAUCUCAUUAUUGACAAAAUAUGUAUGUCAUCUUGUAUUUCUUCCAAGGAAACCAAUGACAUUCUAGGUAGUAUAUUACAAAUUGGUCAAAAUCUUCCAUAUACAAAUAGGACUUUUUCUGUGUCCAUAGCCUUGUAAGAGAUACUGAUUGUAUCUGAAAAUAUUUUUUUAAAAAAUUAUCCUGAUUUAGUGUGUUAAAUGUAAAGAAUGUUCUAAUAUAACACUGAAGUGCUUCAUUGUAUCCCAAGAGUUUUCCUUCAAGUAAUAUUAUCCUUAUUUUUAGGCUAAGCACGUUUGAUUAUUUUGUCUGUCUCCUAUACACACCUGAUUUGCCUAGUGCUAUGAAUGUAACUUAAAACUAUAAACAUGGAUUUUUUAUUAUAUAUUCCCAUUAAUAGACUGUGGUUCCUGAUGCACACUGUUAGGUCAUUAUUUUGUUGUACCAAAGUUCUAGUGGCUUCAGAAAUCAUAGCAUCCAAUGACGUCAUGGUGUCUGGGUUUGAAUACUCUGGUUACGAAUUGUAUUCAAUGAUUGUUUCUGCACACUUUUCAAAUAAAAAAAUGCAUUUUUAUCAAUUA